AUGAAACUGGACACAGGAGCGCAAUGCAACGUCCUGCCAAACAAGAACGUCCAAGCCAUGAGACUACAAGUGUUUCCUUUGCCAGUCAAGAGAAUUACCACAUACAGCAAUCACAAGGUCCAAGUGAUCGGUGAGGUGAAAGAAACAUGCACUGUUCGUAAUAAGCCGGCGAAGCUGAAAUUUCUCGUCGUGAACUCCGACAUGACACCAGUUUUGGGUCAGAACGCAUGCGAGCUCAACCUCGUGAAGAGAGUGCACACAGUCCAAGCAACGCGAGAAGAUGACGAAAUAUUUCAGGGCAUCGGUUGCAUCAAGAACUUUGUUUAUAAUGCCGGUGUCAAAGGAGAAGCAAGCAAGAAGUUGGAAAACAAGCCACCAAGAAGAGUCCCAUAUGCACUCAUGGAUGAGGUCAAGCAAGAGCUGACGAGCAUGAAACAGAAAGAAACCAUCGAAAAAAAAUCACAGAACCAACUUCAUCCUACUAUGGAAGAAAUUGUUGCGCAUGUCAGAGUUUCCAAGCGGUUCACUCUGCUAGACCUCAAGAAAGGAUUUUGGCAAAUGCAAGUGUCGGAACGCACCAAGAAGUAUCUAGCCUUCAGCACUCCAUGGGGCAGACUGCUAACCAUAGAGAGUGACCACAAGCUGAUCGAGAGUAUUGCAAAGAAGCCGCUGAGCAAAGCCCCUCCUCGACUACAAAAACUUCUCUUCGAUGUACAGCAGUACGCACCAACCAUUGUCUACAAGAAAGGAACAAAACUCGUGAUCGCAAAUUUACUAAGCAAAGACUGCAUCAAGAACGAGUCAGCAGGUGCAUACACAGAUGACAUACAAGUGAUGACAAUUGUACCCAUGUCACCUGAAACAGUGGAAGAACUGAAGAGGGACAUUGACCAAGACAAAGAAAUCCAUGAAGUGAUCCAAGCCACGAAAGAAGGAUGGCCAAGCACCACAAGAGGGCUCAGUGAACCAAUGAAGCUGUAUUGGUCAUUUAGAGAUGAACUCGAUGUGCAUGACGGCAUUUUGUUCAGAAGCGAGCAGAUAGUCAUUCCGAAGACUUGGAGGAACAGACUGCUCGUCCAGGUCCACGCUGGAUACCUAGGCAUAAACAUCUGUCUAAAGAGAGCCUGCAAGACUGUUUACUGGCUCAAAGAAGUACUAGAUUUCUCGUGGGAAAGAGUAGCAUCAGAUCUCUUCAACUUCGAAGGAAGAUCCUACGUUGUCAUUGUCGACAGCUACUCUGGAUACCUAGACUUCAAGAAGCUCUCAGGAGAAUCAGUUGUAAACGUCAUGAAAGAGUGGCUAGCAACUCAUGGCGUCCCCAGAGUCAUUGAAACAGACAACGGUCCCUGCUACGCAGCACAAGAAUUCAAGAACUUCAGCAGAGACUGGAGAUUCCAACAUGUGACUUCAAGUCCCAAUUACACGCAGUCAAAUGGUCUUGCUGAAAGAGCCGUUCAAACUGCCAAGGGGAUUCUCCGAAAAUGCUCUCUGGAUGGAAGCGAUAUACAAAUGGCCCUCCUCAGUUUCAGAAACACGCCAAGGAGUGAAGAACUGGGUUCACCUGCACAGAGGCUGUACAGCAGAAGGACAAGAACUCCAGUUCCUACACACAGCAAGCUACUAAAGCCCCAAAUAAUCCAAAGCGUGUCCGACAAGCUGCGUCACGAGUGCAACCAGCAGAAGACUUACACUGACCAGCACUCUAUACGAGCCCCUGCCAUGGCCCCAGGCGAUAAAGCGAAAGUCUGGUAA